UCUCUAAAAAAUCCAGAGGCUUCGCCCCACCCCCCCUCUCGAGCGUUCGCCCGAUUCCCCAAUCCGACCAAACCCUAGAACCCAUCGAUUCGAUCGGGAAUUCGGCAUGGCAAUGUUGGAUCCCACGGCCGUCGCGAUCCCCAAGCUGGACGGCGGCGGCGGGGAGGACGAGUCGGUGGAGAUCCGGGAGGUGUGGGCGGACAACAUGGAGGAGGAGUUCGCGCUGAUCCGCGACAUCGUCGACGAGUUCCCGUUCGUCGCGAUGGACACGGAGUUCCCCGGCAUCGUCUGCCGCCCUGUCGGCGCCUUCCGCUCCCCCGCCGACUACAACUACGCUACCCUCAAGGCCAACGUCGACAUGCUCCACCUCAUCCAGCUCGGUCUCACCUUCUCCGGCCCGCGCGGCGAGCUGCCAGCCCUCGGCGCCGGACGCCGCCGCUGCGUCUGGCAGUUCAACUUCCGCGAGUUCGACGACGCGCGGGACAUCUUCGCGUCCGACUCCAUCGAGCUGCUCCGACGCAGCGGCAUCGACUUCCGCCGCAACGCCGAGCGCGGUGUCGACGCGCGCCGCUUCGCCGAGCUCCUCAUGUCCUCUGGCGUUGUGCUCAAUGAUUCCGUCUACUGGGUGACCUUCCACGCCGGAUACGACUUCGGGUACCUGCUCAAGAUCCUCACUUGCAACAACCUCCCAGACACUCAAGCCGGGUUCUUCAAGCUGAUGAAGAUAUAUUUCCCGACCGUGUACGACAUCAAGCACCUCAUGAAGUUCUGCAACAGCCUGCACGGCGGGCUGAACAAGCUCGCUGAGCUCCUCGAUGUGGAGCGCGUCGGGGAGUCCCACCAGGCCGGGUCCGAUAGCUUGGUCACGUCCAGCGCAUUCUGGAAGCUCAGGGAUUCAUUCUUCGCCGGCUCGACGGAGAAAUAUGCGGGCGUUCUGUACGGGCUCAAUGCCGAGAAUGGUGUUAGUGCACAUUGAUGGAUGGUACUCUCUUUGAAUUUUAGCUUUGUGAAUGGAUUGAUUUAGGACAGAAAAGGUGACUAGCGUGCAAGAGGGUAUAAGAAAGACCAAUUAUGUAUGUUAAGUUUGUCUCACUCAAUCCACUUUGUUUGGAUGCAGUGCCGAUGUAGUGCCCUUGAAUUACUCCCUGUUGAAAUAGCUGUAUCUGUUUCUGCUUC